AGUUUUCCUGUAAUGCGGCCUUUUUUGUUAAAAUAUAAUAUACCAACAGUUUAACAUCGUUUUGACAAAUGAAUUUAUGAAGUGCAUACUCGUGUAUUGCAAACAAUACUGUUAGUUUGGAUUCAUACUCAAUUAUAUGUGUUUCGUUCUCAUAAAUUUCGUAUUUCGUUGAUAAUUAACUCAGUGUUUGAUGGCGAAAUGGCUUUCAAUUUCGACAGCGGACAGUUUAACAAAGAGUCGACGCCAAAACGGCUUGGGAACUGGGAGGUACCACGUUGGGCACCAUCGCGCGCUCGACCUUUAGAGAUGCGAGCGAACCCGAAACCCAUCUGUGACAUCAACGGCCGCUUUCUGCCCGGUGCUCCUAGAGGCACGUCUAGAUGCUUCGGACAUUUUACGGGUACAUGGGAUUUGCCAAGGAAGAUUACCAGGAAAGUAGCUGAGGAGUUAGCGAAAGAGCCGCCGGAUGGGCGUUUCUCGGAUUGGUUAAAUCCUCGUGUACAAAGACCGAAGGCUGCUGCGACGGCAUCGGGGCGCUUGCGCGGUGGGAAACGCGCCAAAGGAAAGGAGGAUGUUAAAGAAAAUGGAAACACACAGACAUUUGUACCUCGCCAAUGUCCAUUUCAUAGUCGCCUUCGUAAAGUGAACAAAAGUAAAAAGUAAAUUUGCACCAGCACUUCCUUAUUAUUACACGAUGCAAUAUUUAGCAAAUGUAAUUAAAAUUGUUGUUCCAAAUGAUUUCAUGUCUGUACUCAUAAGGAUUCUGAUGUACUAAAAAAAGACACAGGACAAGAAGAGGCAAUUCAAGAAGAUAAUUUUGAUCAGAACUGUACGAGACAAGAGGAUCCAUUGGAUCUUUAUAAGCAGAAAGAGCCCGUAGACGCCGAUGGUCGAAGUCCUUAUAUUCCAGGUAAUUUAACGGAAGAAGACAAGAGACAUGAAAGUUACGAUUCGCUUGUGAAAGACGCAGUUAAUCAGUUACACGGUCAACAAGAAGAAAAAACUGAAACAUUCUGGAGAAAAGUCGCUGAAAACGCAAAGAAAAAUGAGCAAGCCGUGGAAGAAAUGAAAUACGAGAGAAAAGAUCAAACUCCAAAAUUACCACAAGUAGACGUCACUCAAAAUUUUCAGUUCGCUAAAAAGAUGCAUGUCGGCAAUUUGGAGCAUCAACCACUACCUGACACAUUAGGAUACAGAAAUUUAACAAAAAUUGGGGAACACAGAGGCUCCGAUAUUAUUGUCAAGCCGUAUGCGAUUGGCUGGAAAGGAUAUGGAGCAUCAGGUCCUACCUGCUGCACAAAAAUGCGCGUCCACAGACCAAAAACAUGUGAUCCCAAGAAGGGAGAAAGUGAAAAGGACGAAAAUAAACAGCGACCGUCGACCUCUGCUCCUGAUUUAGGAGGUCAGUACAAAAAACCUAUGUCACUCAUGGAUUUAGCGAUUUGUUGGGAUUUUAGAGCAGACGAUCCCAUAAAAGAGCCAAAACCACCCAAACAUAUUGAUGGUUCGAACGGAUCUAAAGCUCCAGCAGUGUUCACAAUGGUUCAUACACCGAAGGAAGAAUUCGAGGAAAAAACAGGCCAUUCGAACCCAAUUUUUAAUCAAAAUCGGAUAGUGGAAGAUGUCGGACGCCAUUCUGUACCAUACUUCGAAAGAGACAUCACAAAAGAAAAACGAAAGAAUUCAUGUGACGUUCAGCAUUGUCCUCGGCAUACUAGUGCUGAUAAGAAUUCAAGAUCUGGAUCUUUGAGUAGAAGAAAUUCCAGUAAUUCUGCAAAAAAAUCACAAUGUGACGGAGUCCAUGGCUGUGGAACUCCUAGCGAUUCGACUCGUAAAGGGAAAGGUGAUGACAGACCGGAUAAAUUGCAACCCAUUAGAGACGCAUGGAAAGAUGAUUUAAAGUACGGCAGUGAAGUCCAUUCUAAUAAGAACAGUUUGGAGCCGUACGAGAAGACGCCAUUAGCUCAAGGUAAAUUGAACCACAGUUCACCAAACGAUUCACAUAUAACCAAAGCGAAAGACUGCGACAAUUCUAGUGGCAGUUUAAAACAUAAGCAUUGUUUAUCUUGCAACGGAACAAAGAUACCUUCGGAAAUAAAACAAAAGGAAGAUUACAAAUUCGCAUUCAAAGCGGGCAAUCCUAACUCUGUUAAAAGUGUGAGCACAUCUAUAGAUUCAAAAGGAUUCAAGAUACCGAAGAUGCGUCAUCCGUAUACUAAAAAAUCGUAUACCAUACCGACGCUCGCGCCUCCGUUUAGUAUCUGGAGGGAUGCUAAUGCAACGGGUUAUCCGGAGCACUGGAGACUUGCAAGCGUUUACCAGCACGCCUACAAACCGCCCGAGCAACGUCGCAAACCACUCAUAGAUAGUGUUUUUCAAUGACCAAUUCAAGCUUUAGGGGUACAUAAUGUAAGAAAAAUACGUGUAGCAUCGUCCAUAAAAUUGUUUAUUGAAGCUAAAAUCAUCAAUUGUUUAUAUACGAAAACUCGUGAAUAAAUAUCUUGCCGCUUACUAA